UAUAUCAAAAAUCUUGCCUUCUGCAUAGUGCCUCUCUCGUCUGGGUGUGGCUUCUAGCUGGAAGUUCGUAGAUGUUUUGGGUCUAGAAAACGAAUCCCUCUCCAUGGUACCAUCGCCCGUGUGCGCUCUGCUACUGCUCUUUCCCCUCAGUCAACAGCAUGAAUCUCACAGGAACCGCCAAACAUCAGAACUGAGUGGGAAGGGUAUUGACUCUAAAAUCUACUUUGUGGUGCAGUCUAUUUCAAAUUCCUGUGGCACUAUUGCACUUGUUAACACUGUUGCCAACAAUCAAGAUAAACUUGACUUUGUGGAAGGUUCAAUAUUGAAGAAAUUUCUCAAUGAAACUGCAGAUCUCUCUGCCAAGGAAAGAGCUAAGCAAUUGGAACAAAAUGAGGAGAUACGUGCAGCACACGAUGCCACUGCAGAAGAAGGAGAGUGUCGGGUACAUGAAGAUGGUACAAACUUCCAUUUUAUCACCUUUGUUGGUGUAGAUGGACACCUCUAUGAACUAGAUGGAAGGAUGCCAUUCCCAAUUGACCAUGGAGAAACAUCAAAAGAUAAUUUAUUACAGGAUUCAGCAAAAAUAUGCAGACAAUUUAUGGAACGUGAUCAAGGAGAAGUUCGCUUCACUGCUGUGGCUCUCUGCAAAGCCUCUUGAAUGGGGGUGGGCAAAGUAAACAAUAAGCACAGCACUGCAGUUUUAAAUUGCUAUUAAGCUUUGAAUGUUUUGGCUUAAAUCACGUGUAUAUUGAGGCACUUUAAGCGCAGCCUUUUUACACAUUAAGAAUGGUUAAAGUUUAAUGGAUAGUAUUUCUGCACAAUUUCAAUAUUUUGUGCAGUAUUGGAUUGUAGGCAAUAUUUGUGAUUGUAUUCAAAAGCAGUCUUAAAUUUUUGAGCAUCCACCUUGUUAACAUUGCAGCAGGUUGGUAGAAGCUGCUUUAUUUAGUGCUGGACUAUUGUACUUUCUCAUAAAUUUGCCUGCAGGAAUCUGUGGAAAUGUUGCUUAGGCACAAUGUGGAACUAAUUUUUACAGCUAUUCCUGUGUAAUAUCUGAAAUAAAAUCACUAAUGUAACAAUA